CCGGCCUGCGACUAUGCUGCCUUCACCAGCGAACAUUCCAUGCUGAAGCCUCCAUCGUGUACCAACACCAAGCCCGCGGUGACCGAAGCGGAGAAGACAGAGAUCCUGAAUGCUCAUAACACUUUCAGGGCACAGGUGGCCAGAGGCAACGAGACGAAGGGCGAUCCGGGACCUCAGCCCAACGGCGCCAACAUCCGGGAGCUGAAAUGGAACGAUGAGUUGGCACGAGUGGCACAGGCCUGGGUGAACCAGUGCCCGUCCAAUCAUGACUGCUAUGACUGCAGGAAGAUCUGCUCGAGGGACUAUGUCGUCGGACAGAAUCUGUACUACUCCUCGACUAGCGCAGACAAUGACGACGCAAUCGAGUGGACGCAGGCGAUACAAGCUUGGUACAACGAGGUGAGCGACAUGCCCAAAGACUUCGUCGCGAGCUUCGGCAGCAUCCCCCCGUCAGGCAAAGCCGUCGGGCAUUACACGCAGGUCGUGUGGGCUAAAACAUACGAGAUUGGCUGCGGCGCCGUGCACUAUGCCGAUUCCGGGACGAAGAAGAUCUACUCGUGCAACUACGGACCGGCUGGCAACUUCGUGAAUAAUCCUGUGUACGUGGAGGGGGCGGCCGCGUCCCAGUGCCCGGGCGCCGUGUCCACUACGUACAGCGACCUUUGUGCUUAGGUCCGUGUUUAAUGAAUGAGGUUUUUCAUUCAUAGGUACAGUACAUUCAUGGGUCCGUAUAUUACUUAUUGCUUAUUGCAGUUGAUUAUAUGCACCAACUUCCUAUUGCUUAUAAUAUUACCAUAUUAAAGUUGUGAGUAAAAUUUUCGUUUUGUCAAAAAUAAUAAUUGAGUUUAAAGUGAAAUUCAUGGCAUAA